AAAAAUGAUGAGAGCCAUUAAUUGAGAGAAUGACAAAAGUUCUAAAGUAGUCAUCACAAUCAGCCAGUUAUCGAACAACCGUAUGCAAAACUUACCCAAAAAUCCUUUGGUUCAAACUGAAAGCACGGUGAACCCUUUGCAGAUUAUAAAUGAAGAAAACUCAGAUGUCGACACUCCGAAAGCUUGUUAUAAAAGCUCAUUCAUUCCAAGAGAGAGGAAACUUAAAGAACGGCUUGAACCGGAGGAAAUUGUUCAAAUCAGUUCUCUAAAUAGCUCAAAUACCAAGCAGUUCGGGUCUCCCAGCAGUUUGAUGAGCUUCGCUGAAGGAAAAUAACAAAGCAUUCAAUGAGAAAGUAUCUGAUGCUGGCUUAGUCAUGAAGCUAGACUACUUUUACUCACCAUACUUCAAAGAUCCAAAAUUAAGCCAAGAGUUCGAUCUGAGCAAGAAAAAUAAACUUAAAUAAAUUAAAAACAAAAUUUGCUAAUAGUAAAAGAAUAGAAAGCAUGAAGAUCAGAUCGCCAGCUAAUAGUUUUGGCAGUCUUACCUUGGGUGCAAAGUUUCAUAACUACAAGCCAGUUUUAAAGUCGCCUGACUUCAAAGGAUUAAGAGCUAAGCAUUUUGUACACAGUUUUGCUUCCCCAAUAUCAAAAGAUCUUGAUACUCCAAACUCUCACAAAUUAAGAGAUUUUACUCUUCAGAAUAAAAAUGCCAUUAAAAUUAAGGAGGACGACAUUAGUCAAGAACAGCGUAUGAAAAACAUGAGAGAUUCAGACUUUUUCCAAAUUGAUAACACUACAUCAAAGAAUGAAGAGGUGGAGUCAAGUGAAGGCAAUAAACUCUCCUCUAUAUCUAGCUGAUCUUCUACUUCUUCUAAGGUGUCUCGACAUUUCAAUUUUAAAAUUAAUAUUCAAGGGAGUACCAAAGAGAUGAUUCAACAGGAGAUUAAUGAAAACCAUAUUAACACUAAAGAAAUAAUUUGAGAUAGCCUCACUCCGACAAAGAUCCAAAGAAGUUCUACAUUAGAUGUAUCAAAGAAUGUGGUAAACGAUCUUAGAAGAAGAGCAACUGUUGCUCUCAAAACAAUAAAAAGACUGAGGUCUAACUCCAAGGCUUCUUCAUCAGGACAGAAUAAUCGAUCCUCUAUCAGGGAAGAAUAUAGUAGAAAAUCAACUUUGCAUAAGAAUUACUUGAAGAGACAGAGUUCUUUACUGAGCGGGAAUUUUAAGUCAAGUUUACUAGUCCCAAAUAAAAAUUCUCCAGGGCGUAGUCAUAAAUCAGAGUAUAGAGCUUCCUCUAAAGGUUCUAGCAAGGCUUCUCCAAGGGGAAAGAAGCAUUCUCCUGCUUGGUUUAAACCAAGAGUGUCUAUUUCUGGUCUGAGAGAAGACCUUGAUAAAGGUGAAUCUAGAAUGAAAUCUUUGAUCCUUUUCAGUCGGACAUUAAACAAAGACAAAAAUGUACAGCAUAAUUUUAAUAAUGAAUCCAAAGAUAACUAUGAUAAGCUCCAAGGGAUUAAACUCAAAUUAGAAGAAGAGCUUCAAGACACAGAAGAAGAGGAGGAAGAGGAAAAAGAAGAGAAAGAUAGCAAAUAUAAAAGAGAGUCAAGCAAUACCGACUGAUUCUCAUUUCAAAAAUCUCCUGAAAGUGAAUCUGUCUCUUUCAACAGAAAUCUCAGAGCGAAGGAUCUUCAUCAUGACCAAAUACUUGAGAUACAUUCUAGUUCUUCCAGUAAUUCCAAUAAUUUAGAAAGACCACAACCAAAGAUCAGAGUUAAUUUAAAGAAUAAAAUCUUGAAGAGAAAAAGGAAGAAUCUCAAGAAGAUUAAUAUUAAGAUGCUUAAAAUUGUGAAAAAAAGAGAGAGGAAUGAUGUAUUUUCUCCGCUUAGAGAUUUAAACAAGCCUACUUUCCCAAAACCUAUUGCUACAUUAGAUCAAGCAAGAGAGAAGAGCCACCUAAAUGUCUCAGAGUUGAAUAGUUUAUUCUCUCAUAGAAAUAGGAAGAGGUUGUUCUCACCUCAACAUAUGAAGACAUUGACAUCUCCCACAAAUAUUAGAAGCUUGAAGUCGCCAAAGACUCGAGGCAGACUGAUCUCCAGAAACCAUCGGAAUGUUUCAUCGCGGACCAGAAAAACCAAGCGGGAAUGGUUCUACCAUCCCACACCUUUUCAAAAGAGGCCAAAAAAGAAAUGAUUCAGGACUGCACGCCAAAUUCGAUUAGCAAGUCCAGGAAAUUACAGAACAGAUAAAAGUGCACCAGAAUGAAGAAUUAAUUCGCCUCAUCAAAAAAUGUCAACCCCAUACGACUCACCUAUAAGUCCAAAUAUGGAAUCUCUUAUAAUCCAAAGACGAGGCUUAAGCCCAACAAUUAUGCCAAGAAGAAAACAUAACCUGGAUAUGUUCAUACCAAACUCAAAGCUCUACUCAACAAAACCUAUCGAACCUACUCCAAAGACAUAAAUCCUCCCUGAACACAUAACCAUCUAUCUUCAUAACCCAUAAAUCUCCCAGGCCCAACAAGAACCCCACAGUCAUACCUCCCUCCCUCCAAAACCCCAAAUCCCAAAAUUUCUCUUAACGUCCCCUUCCCAACCUUCUUCCCCACUAGUCCUCUUCCAGUACAAAAUUUCUUCCUAAAAUCUUAAGAUCCUUGCCUAAAGGCUAAGAUUUUCUAUGUGGGUUCAGAUUUUAGCCUGAGUUUUUAGGGAUAGGCUAAUAACACUGGUUGGUCUUUGGAGAAACUGUGUUUUAGUAUUUUUGCAUGGUAGGGAGAUAGGUGUGGUUAUUGUACUGGUAGCUGUUUUGGGGGACAAAAAAUGAUAUUUUUGUCAGACAAAUUUGAUAAUUUUC